AUGUGGAAAGCGGCGAAUGUUUCAUAUACAAGAUAUGCUUCGGAAAUGGCACAUAUUUUAAGAAAGUGUCUGAAAGACCCAUAUUCUGAUAUAGCACUGGAGAGAAGUAAAAUGCAUUUACGAGAAGUAAUAUACAAAGAUGGCAAGCCAAUUAGUCAAGAACUACAUGAAGAAUUUGAAAAAGCAUUUAAAAAUUUAGAUCUUAAUAAAUGA